AUGGUAAGUUAUGCUACCUUUAUACAUUUCACACCACAAACCACCUGCAAGAAUGGCCUGGGACGUGUUCUCUACGAACGAUUGCCCAACCAACAAUUACAGGGCUACGAUGAUGAUGUGGUGCGCGACACAGCGCCGCCCUUUCGCGUCCUAGAAAAGUGUCAAGAUUUGUGCCUGCGCGAUCGCACCGGCACCAACAAUCUAGUGCGCACUUGCACCAGCUUCGACUUUCAGCCAGGCAGUCGCAUCACCUCAUUCGGUGGCACUUCCGAAUACGAAGAAUCCCUCUGCUAUCUAACAUCGGAGCAGGCGGGUCCUGAGGGCAUCGGCAGUUUGAUGUUAGUGCCCAACAGUGUGCAUUUCAAUGAGAUCUGUUUGACAUCCAGUCGCCCGGAGAGAGAAUGUCCCAGUCGGCGUUAUGUAUUCGAACGGCAUCCACGCAAGAAAUUGAAAUUACCAAUAUCGGAUGUUAAGGAGUUUACGGCAGCAAAUCGUUCGGAUUGUGAGGACAAGUGUUUGAAUGAGUUCGCCUUCGUUUGCCGCUCCGCCAAUUUCGAUUCGACCAUGCGUUCGUGUACUCUGAGCAGAUUCACACGUCGCACACAUCCAGAAUUGCUGGAAGAUGACCCCAACUCUGACUAUCUGGAGAACACCUGCCUGAAUGCUGAGCGACGUUGUGACGGCCUGGUCGUGUUCGUUAAGGAGGAGAACAAACGACUGGGCGGUCCCUUCGAGGUGGAUAUAUUCAAUAACAUGACAUUGGAAGAAUGUCAGACGAUGUGUCUGCGCGCCGAGAAAUACUUUUGUCGCUCCGUCGAGUACGAUGAUCAGACGAAGCAAUGCAUUUUAUCUGAGGAAGAUUCCAUUUCACAGAAAGACGACAUAAGCAUCAGUUCCAGUCCAACACAUCAUUUCUAUGAUCUGGUCUGCUUAGACAACCAACGCGCUAAUGAUUAUCCCGAUAAUUCCGUCACAUCGCAUCUAUUCUCGUCGGGUCGCCGGCCUGAUACCGCAUUUCAGCGCUAUCGUAAUUCACGCCUGGGCGGCGAAUUUCAUUCCGAGAUUACUGGACGCUCUUUGAGUGAAUGCUUGGAUGAGUGUCUGCGUCAGACGAGCUUCCAGUGUCGAUCAGCCGUUUACAGCGAUCGCUUUCGUACGUGUCGCUUGAGUCGCUACAAUCAAAAGGAUGGUAUGCGCAUUAUUUACGAUGCCGACUAUGACUAUUAUGAGAAUCUAAUGUUGAACGUAGUAGGCGGUGGUGACGCAGAUGGACAUGGCAACGCUGGUAAUGGCGGCAGCCACCGACCUGGUGAGCAUGGAAGCACUAAUUGGCGUCCACCCAACAAAGACGACGAUCGAUAUGGCGCGGGUGGAGGCGGUAGUUCAGGUGGUAGAUAUCCUGGUGCUGGAGGUGGCGCGGGAGGUGGACCGGGAGGAGGUGGCGCUGGUGUUGAUGACUACGGGCGUCCUUACGAUCGCUAUCCGAUAACAGACGAUUAUGGUAAAUCUAUAAUAAAUCGCUACCCAGGAGGCGGCGGCGGCGGCGGCAGUGCGGACCGUUAUGCUGGAGAUAGCCGUUAUCCACCACCUGUAGAUGGGCGUGACCCUUACGAUGAACGCUAUCCACUGGGUCGUCUGCCCGCCAUCGACAAUGAACGCUAUCCGGGCGACAGAGAUCGCUAUCCCGGCGGCAGCGUGGAUUUGUAUCCUGGCGACCGCGACCGCUACCCAUUAGAUCGCGAUCGUGAUCGUGAUCGUGAUCGGCACCCUAGUGACCGCUAUCCCCUCGAUCGUGACCGUGAUCGUUAUCCACUUGGCGAUCGUGAUCGCGACCGUUAUCCAGGCGGUGAUCGCGAUCGUUACGCUGGCGACAGAGAUCGUUACCCAAUUGGUGAUCGUGAACGGUAUCCGAUAGGUGAUCGUGUACGCGACCGUUAUCCCAGCAUCGACGAUCGUUAUCCACCUGGUCGUUAUGGUGAACGUGACCGCGAUCGCGAUCGUUAUCCAGUUGGUGACUAUCCACCGCGUGAUCGCUAUCCUUACCGGCCUUUGGAUCGUUAUCCUAUACCACCAGUCACGGAAAAUGGUUUAGGUGGUGACGUGCCACAUACGCGACCUUACCCACCAGACGAUGAUUUGUCUUAUCGUCCAUAUGGCACUACGGGCCGCUAUCCAGAGGAUCGCUAUGCCAGUCGUUAUCCCUCGCGAUAUUCGCCAGCGAGGGAUCCCAUAGGCGGCUACACAGGCCGCGAUGCACCCGAUAGUUUCUUUCUUGACAAACGUUUUCGUCCCUCAUCUUAUGAUUCGCGAUAUCCGCUGCUGACUGGCGGACGUGGUGGACCACCGCCGCGUUACGGACCAGACGGACGUUAUCCACCAGAUGAUAUAAUACACAGCGCCCGAAGACCAGAACCUGACUCGGCAAAGAGAUAUCCACCAGCGCCGUUAGUGCCGCCUACCACGAUAAGUAAAUAUCCUUCAUCUCCAAACCGCUUUCCGGUAGGUACUGAGCGCUUUCCAAUCGAUAUAUACAAAUAUGGCAAUCGAUUUGGCAGCAGCGGCAGUAGUAGCGGCGUUAGACCAGGUUACGAACGCCCACCACCGCCGCCACACUAUUACGAUAUGGACUAUGAGGAGCGCUAUGGUGAUCGCUAUGGCGGCUAUGAUCGCGAAUAUGAAGGACCAAUAGGUAGACGACCACUAGGCGGCGGCUAUCCACAUUACGAGACGCCCUUCAAUCGCCCCUAUGGCCAUGGCUUAGGCGCACCACCGCCACUCGAUGACAAUCGUCCGCUACCGCCACCACUGCACCCCUACGGCGCUGGUGGACAUGGCGGCGCCGUCGUCGGCCCAGGUGUUGCUGCUGGCGGUCCACCGCGUCCGCAAUUGACGCGCUGUGAGGAGACAGAUAAUUUUAAGCAAAUUGCGGCCAGACACAAAAUGCGACGCCACUAUGUGCGACGCGCGCUAGUCGUGCCCUCGCUGAUACAAUGCGAGCGAGAAUGCAUCGAGUCGCGGGAGUUCGUUUGUCGCAGCUUCAAUUACAGAGAUGCGGCGGCUACAAAUUAUGAUCAACGCGAUUUGCCCAAUUGUGAGCUGAGCGAUCGCGAUUCGCGCGAACUGGACGUACACGAUCCCAAUUACUUUGAUGCAGCCAACUAUGACUACUACGAACGUAGUUUGGGGCGCAGCGAUGGCGAGUGCAUGGAUGUAACACAAACCUGCAACGAGGAGGGCAUGGAAUUCACUAUACGCACACCGGAAGGUUUUCUUGGACGCAUCUACACCUAUGGCUACUAUGACAGAUGUUUCUUCCGUGGCAAUGGUGGCACCGUGAACGUGUUGCGCAUCAGUGGCCCACAAGGCUAUCCCGAUUGCGGCACACAAAGAUACGGCGACACGCUGACCAACAUUGUGGUUGUGCAAUUCUCCGAUAAUGUGCAAACCAGUCGCGAUAAACGCUAUAAUUUAACAUGUGUUUUCCGGGGGCCCGGUGAAGCGGUUGUCACUUCCGGUUAUAUUGGCGCAGGGUAAGACAAAUGAAUUGAAAUGCGCUGCUUUAAGUAAGGC